AUGAGGAUUCGAAUGGUCAUCGUUUGUUUUUGGAUUACUACUGUGACAUCAAAAACCAAUGAAAAUACACGGACUCUGAUUAACGACAUUUUCACUAAUUAUUCAUCCAAAGUACGUCCGGUGAUAAACCAACGUGAUCCACUUUCUCUUGACGUCAGUUUCUACCUCAGCAGCAUCAAUGAGGUCGACGAGGUGAAAGGGAAACUGGUGACCACGGGAUGCCUGUCGCUGACGUGGACGGACGAGCUAUUGAGAUGGACUCCCGCUGAUUAUAACGGGACUGACAUCAUCUUCAUCCCUCAGAAUGAUAUAUGGAAGCCCGAUCUCGUUCUGAAGAAUGGAUUUAAGAAAUUUGAAGAAUUGGGAGGAAGUUUUUACUAUCUCAGUGUCUUUCACGAUGGCACUGUGGCUUGGUUACCCUUCAAUGUAUUUGAAAGUCGUUGUUCCAUGGACAUUACCUAUUUUCCUUUCGACAAACAGACAUGCGAUAUUAAAUUUCUGACUUGGAGCCAUUACAUUGACCAGAUAGAUAUUCAGAGAUCUUCUGAUGGAAUACAAUUUUAUGAAUAUGAGGUGAACGGUGUGUGGGACCUGAUCGACACUAGUUCAGAAAUUCAUAGGGAACAGAAAAAAUCACAAAUCAAAUUCACGUUAACGCUACGCCGAAAACCAUUGUAUUACGUAAUGAAUAUCAUUUUGCCUGUGGUAUUUCUGGGAUAUCUAAACAUUCUGGUUUUUGUCAUCCCUGUCGAUACAGGAGAAAAGAUGUCCUUCUCUGUGACGGUAUUUUUGUCGUUUGCUGUUUUUCUGACCAUCAUUUCUACACUUCUUCCCACGAGUUCCGAGAAUACACCGAUCAUUGCUAUAUACCUGAUUAUACAGUUAGUAUAUGGAGUUAAAGCCCUAAUCAUCUCAGCUUUCCAACUUCGUUUAAACCACAGACACGAGGCUGAGGAAAUCCCGAUGUUUUGGAUCAAGGUCGUUCAGCUACAGAGUAAACUAAGAUGUAAAAGUACACAGAUCGAUACCGUGGACAUGUAUCUAAAUAAGGAAGAAGAAAACAGCGUCAAGAAAAUAGAUGAGGAUAGUCCGGAUGUGAUUAUUGGCUGGAAUCAUGUUGCGUCCUCUAUAGACUUUCUGGCAUUCUGGUAUUUUAUGUUCACCAAUAUAUUCAUCACAGUCGUCGUAUUUUCCGUGUUGGCAACACCAUCACAUAAAGCGUAA